GCUCGUGGUUCGCUCGAGGGAACGGACGAAGUCGCGAAACCUCCGUUUUAAAUAAAAUAAUAGUAAUAAAAAUAGAAUUAAUAAUUAAAAUUCGAUAUUUUUAUCAAAACUGGUAAGUAGUGAUAAAAGUGUGGUUUACAGUGAAAAGUGCUAUAAAAACUAGUGACUAAGUGACCACCGGGUGCCACUGUUAAGUACAGUGUUAGAUUUAUGUGAAAGGUUUAUAAUAAUAAUCAUGAUAAGUGUUUAAUAAUCAAACGUGCUUGGAAUGAAUCCCGCGUAGAGUUAAAAUCAUCGCGCGUGACAAUAUUUGGAGGGAAAAUUUUUUGCAGCCUGGUGAGUUGUAGGCGGGGCUAAAAUCGGAGACACGUGACACGGAAACUGUCACGCCGCCUUUGCCUUCUUCCCCUACUACGGCGACAACGACGUUUACUACUACUACUACUACUACUACUACUACUACUUCUCUAUAUUAUAUACUAUCAUCACUCUUUAUAUCGUAGUAUUGUAUAUAGUGUACUAUAUAGUUUACUCACUCACUCAGUUCCCUCCAGGACGACCCCACUCCAGGAGCGAAGACUACCGAGUGAAGUCGCGUCUCUUCGUGACUAAUGCACCCCAUAUCGCUGCGUAAUUUCUGCUACUAUGUAGAAGACUGUCAACCAAUUGCUACCUUUUGGUAACUUUUUUGAAGAUCUUUGGAGGAUGCAGCAGACCGAAAUUGGCCGUGAACGCAGACCGGACUCGGAGACCAGAGACCGGGUGAGGAUCAAGCAGGAAAUCAUUGACGCGGAGGUUAAAGUCAAAGUCAAGCAAGAGGUUCAGGUUAAGCAAGAAGAGGAAAAUAACACUAACUACGAAAAUGGGUUCGCGGUAGAUCAGGAUUUAGAGAGGAAAACUGGAGGAAAUUUUGGACGAAACUGUCCUGCGAUGCAUCCCGCGUAUCGCGCCGUCGGGGGACCCGGACCGCCUAAUAGUUUUGGAUUUCCUCAUUUCUUUCCUCCGAAUGCUUUUGGAAUUCCCAAUUUUAUGGAUCCGCAGUCUCAACAUUCUGAACAGGAGAAAAUUCAUUUUUCUAAGAAUUUCUUGCACCCCAGACAGGAGAAAAUGAAGGAUUUGGAGUACAGGAACUAUGAGCAGAAAUUUGACAUGUAUCAUUUUCGCACACCUCCGGAGUUUUCGCAAUUGAUACAGCAGCAACAUAGUAUGAGGAGUUUGUACUCGGGAAAACAUUCGAGAAAAUGGAGCAAUAAUUUACCGGCGAAGUUCGUCCAACCAAAUCUGCCUUCAUGGUUUGCGAGACCAGAAACUCCAAUAAACUCAUCCUCGAGUCAUCCUCCGUCCUCAACUAGAAAUCACCUCGAUCUGACGAGAGCCGCCGAGCCGCCGAUUAAUGGAUUAAGUAUUCAUGGCCAGAUACCGACUAUUUGUACGUCAAUCCGAUGCACUUUGACUGGCUGUACCUGCGACUCGUUCACUCCUGGGAAGCGCCACCUCCGGUACUGCGACAAGUGUCACCACGGAUGGGUCCUCCACGCGCUCGCGCGACUGUCAAGCCUCCAGCGGCCGCCGACAAGUCCUCGAGACGUAGCCUCAGCCCGCGCCGCGGAAAGUGGAGGGGAUGUCGCCACCAGCCCACGAUGUCCUGGAAGGGAGGACAAAAGCGCCAGAGGGAGGGUAGAGGUUGACUCCGGUGGAGGUGGAAACGGUGACGGUGACUGCCCGGGUGGUGGUGGCCACGAUGGUGGGGACACUCUUGAGGUCGCGGAGAAGGAGGAGAGUCCACCGGCUUCAGAGACUGUCGAGCCGACGGCCGUGUUUGACGUCGCAUCCCUCGUCCUUUACGGCUCACGCGCGCUACCCAUUCGACUUAAGAUUUUGCUCGAUCUGUUGUUUAACCAGUUGCCCAACGCGAAAGUGACACGACUGCUAGCCGCUUUCGGCUGGACACACGAGGAUUACUCCCGAGGAUACAUACUGCAGGACUCGCAGAACGGCCCACUGCUGGACCGAUGGAGCAUAUGUUCAGCUGAGGAGGAGCCGCUGGUGUUGCAGCAGUUCUUUCGUUUCCCAGAAACGCGUCCACUGGUGCAGCAGCUCCUAGCGGCUGCCGGUUCGGGUUCCACGGAUGCUAUGUCACCGAGUCGCCGUCCAUCUCCGCCGACUAUGCCAUUAGCCCACUUGCCGCCGUCGAUGCACUUGCUCCACUGCCGACUGCCGCACCCAGGAUCUCGACUCGGGCCCUCGCUUCAGGUUCCCCCCACCACGUCAUCCCACCUCUCCAUGUCGCCGUCCGCCCAAACCAAGCACUUCACAGCAUCAGCCACAUCCGCCUCAUCAUCCUCAGCAGCAGUAUCAUCAACCAACAGUUGCAUCACCACCUCGCCACGCAUCGAGUCUUCGCACUUGACCUCGCCACUCAACAGACUCCAGAACAUGCAGCCGUUUGACCUCCGGGAGUUCGGAGGCCUGGGCCUGGCGGGUUUCCCGCACCUGGGGCCGCCACCGCUGGACCAACUAAUCCAGGCUCGAAAGUCCUUGCGGCCGCACAGCCCUCCCCACCACUCAACGGCCCAACUGAGGCCCCCAAUGCCAGUGGCGCCCAUUUCCACGACCGCUCUAGCCUUCGGCCAUCCGUUGGCAGUCGCCGGAUCCUCCGGGGCCUUGCCUCCAAACUUCCCCGUAAACUUCUCCCACCAUGGCAUCGGGAAGCUCAACUCCGGACUGACUUCUCCAGGAGACCUGUCCUUCAGCGGAGGUGAGAAGAGCAUCAGCGAAGUCGGCUCUGAAACGGAGGACGAUGACGAAAACUCCGGCAGCGCCCUCAAUUUAAGCCGCAAAGACUCCGCAAGGCAGGACAAAAGGGCCUCCAGAAACCCUUCUAUUGCCCUCCACGCGACCCCUACGCUCUCCAGGCCCCACGGAGUCCCCGGAAGAAAGUCCCAGUCGCCCGGAAAACGCAGCCAAUGGGGAACAACCUCCAACUUGCCUCCCAAUUUGGGAACGCCCUUUAUAAAUCCUGCUACAGGAAAGAAACGCGUCCAAUGCAACGUCUGCCUGAAGACUUUCUGUGACAAGGGAGCCCUGAAGAUCCACUUCAGCGCGGUCCAUCUUAGAGAAAUGCAUCAGUGCACUGUAAAAGGCUGCAACACCAAAUUCAGCUCCAGAAGAUCCCGAAAUCGGCACAGCGCCAACCCGAACCCUAAACUCCACUCACCACAUCUACGUCGGAAGAUUUCGCCGCACGACGGAAGAUCUUCAAUGGCCCACGCGUUGGUACUGCCCCAGCAAAUUGGACUGCCUGUCCCUGCCAGUGGGCUGAACCAUCUGCCCUUCGGGUCUUUUCCGCUACUGACUCCGCCGCCAGAGCUUAGAUCUCCUGCUUCUCUUUGCGCUCUGGACUUCAAGCACCUGGAAUUAUCGUCGACGCAGAGCCAGGCUAUGUAUGACGAGGCUAUGCAUCAGAGGAUGAUAACUACCACUGCAGCGACUACUAUUCCCUCCACUGGGCCUUUCUCCGCGUUUUCUAAUACUAUCACAACCAGCGCUCACAUGAGAGGUCCUCCUAGCACCGCAAGCACCACUGGUGGAGCUUCUCCGUCCUCUCAAACGCCCUCGAUUAUCCUUGAAGGGGAGGAAGAUGAAGACGAUGAAGAAGGAAUUGUUAUUGUGGGAGAUGAGAUGGACUCUAUGGAUGCAACCAUGGUCAGGAGCGAAGAUGACAGGGAAUCCCAGCCGUUCAAUUUGGCGAAGAGACCCAAGUUGUCUGUUGAAGGCGAGGAAGAUUUGGUCAGCAAUGCUGAUAGUGUUGAUGAUACUGAUUCUACAGGGGCUGUUGAUCAUUCAGUCUCCUUUAACAACAAUAACAACACUAAUAAUAACAAUAAUAGCAGUAGUAAUAAUAACAAUUAUAAUAAUAACACCAACAACAAUAACAAUAACAACAACAACGCUCACUACCAGCCGAAUACUCAACCAAACUCAAUCGCCUUCAACCGCGGCGUAAGAAAACGAAAGUCCCAACACCCGACUCGCUGCGCCAUGCCAACAGAGAUCCACUCGUCGUCGACAGACGGCGACUCUUCCAACGAUGCCGUGUUCCAAGACCAGCCCGAGGACAUGUCGAUGUCCCGAUUGGAGGCCGAACAGCGAAAAGCUUCGCUCUCCCCCGCUGAAAACGACAACCUGAAAGCGGUCAAGCAGGAGAGAAUCGAGACUGAAGAGAACGAGGACGAGCCCAGAGACCUGAGCUCUCACGCCAACAGCGUCAGGUCGCCCAAGCGGUCUCACUCUCCAGAGGAGCCGCAGCCCUCGAAGGAGCCGGCCGUCCAGGUGAAGGAGGAGCCAGAACGUGAUCCGGAUCUAGAGGAGGAGGAGGAGGAGCUGGAGCGAGAAGACUCCAAGGAGGAGCUCAAAAGAGAAGGUGAGCGUCCCGAAGUGAUCUCCCGAGCCCCGAGCUCGGUGGAGAGCUUUCCUCCCGCCACCGACGACCUCUCCCUCGACUCCUCGAAUGCAUUGCGUCAACUCGAGUCCUUGUCGCAGGGUCGCAUGAUGGGGCCGUACGGACCGGGGAGCAGAGAGCCCAGAGGAUCAACUUCGAGUCUGCCUGGCCGGAUCUCCACCAGCCCAGUCCGGCUCUCCAGCUCGAGUCCAACCCUCCAUCAGGACACCAGCAGCAACAUGGACAACUACUCUCGUGGCUCGCGCUCGUCCAGCGCCUCGCCCUCAACGGCGGCCACAGAUGCGGACAAUAGUCUCAUCACCUACGCCAGGUACGAGAACGGCGGAUUCGUCAGCACUCAGGAGGUUCCGCUGGACAGAGACAACCCCCGGAGGUGCACCGCUUGUGGGAAGGUCUUCCAGAACCACUUCGGGGUCAAGACCCAUUACCAGAACGUCCACCUCAAGCUGAUGCACCGCUGCAGCGUCGACGGCUGCAACGCCGCGUUCCCCUCCAAGCGCUCCAGGGACAGGCACUCCGCGAAUCUGAACCUCCACCGGAAGCUCCUCUCCACCAGCUCCAGUCCGCCCAGCGCUUCCAGCCUCCCGCCGAGCUUGUCGCCCAGGAUGGACGCAGAGAUGAGUCCGCUCUUGCACAACGACUUCCUGGCCAGGCUCUACGCUGAUGGUCUCGGCUACGGACUCCCCUCCGCAGUUGACCUAGCCGCCAGGAUCCCGCCCCCGCAUCUCCUGAUGCCGCCCCAUUUAAGUCCUUUUCCGGGGCUCUCUUCCUUUGCGAGUCACCUAGCGGGACUCAAUGGACUCACUCAGCAGCACCUUUCGCAGCUCAACCAGCUUUCAAGGCUCAAUGAAGAGCGCAGUCCUUCUAAGUCCCUGUCUUCGCCCGCGACUUCGCCCAUUGGCUCUCUUGAGGAAAGAUUGCCCAUGGAAGAGGUCAGGUGCAAGAUUUCCGGCUGCGAUCGCGUUUUUGGCUCACGCGCAGUUCGCGACGCUCACGCCAGGGACCCUCAGGCGCACAGGGACCUCCCUGUUUUAUCGACCACCGGUAAUUCGUGACCUACGGCCGUGUAUCCGCUCGCGAUCUCCCGCCGCGGGUACGAACAGCCUUACCCGUAAUUCUGAAAUCUAAACGGCGAAUUUUAUUUUUAUUAUUGUAUUAUUAUGAUAAUAUCUUAUUAUUUCUUUUUGUUAUUACUAUUUUUAUUAUUAUUACUAUUACUAUUAUUAUUAUUAUAAAUAUUGAGAUAAAUGAAUGCUCUUAAACACUGUGGGAUGGACUGGAUUUUCUUGUUCUCACUAAAGAGAUCUUGGUGAGAUUAAAGGCAUCAAAAGAACUUUGAAUU